UUACCUCGACUCGUUGGUAGGGAGUACAACUCCUUUAUAAGGCUUGCAUGUAGACGCUCCUCGUACACUUCACUUCACUGGUCUUCACAAGUCUGCAAUCAUGUUCAAGUUCGUUACUCUAUCUUGCUUGUUGGCUGUCGGUGCUCAAUGCAAGACCCCACAAAAUACUGCUGUGCCAUACUACCCUCAACCAUACCCAACAGCAAAUCCUCAAAUAUACCCUCAAUUUUACGUAGCACAACCGAAGUAUAAUGCUCAGCCCGCCUAUAUAGCCGCUUCUCCUUACCGUCAAGUUUAUGUACCAGCUAAUCCUGCCUAUAAUCCUUACUACUACGGAUAUGCUCCUUAUCCAGCAUAUCCUCAACAGUACGUAUAUCCAUACGUUCAAAAUGAUGGAGCCCAAGCACCGGCACCUGCUCAACCUAGUUGGGGAGAGUAUUUAUCCAGUAUCUGGAAUUAUGUACCAAACUAUCCAUUCGGCAGUUCCAGUUCAUCUGAAAGCCAAGCUACUGGUUCAGAAUCAGCAUCAUCGGCAUCUACUGCUGAAGCUUCCUCUACUGCUGAAGCAAGCCCAGGAAAAGGUGAUAAACCAACAGGAGAACAAAAGACAGAACAAUCGGCAAGCAAUGAACAAUCUACAGUACAAUUGCCAUCCAAACAAUCGGCACCAUCCUCAUUCGAUUAUGUUGGCCAACCCCAGUACUUUGCACAACUGCCCUACCAACCAAUAGCUUAUGACCCAGCCAAGUUGAAUACUGCGAGUAAUGGUGCAGUUUCCAAUUUCUGGUUUUACAGAAACCAACUUCAACCCGUAUUUCAAGCAUCUCAGCCCGAAUUUCAAGCAUCUCAAGGAUUUGCUGAUCAAAAAUACUACCAAAACCCAGCUCAGUUUAACCAUGGUACCGCAGCUCUAGCUUACCAAAGAUACUUGCAAUACCAGAAACAACAACAAGGCCAAUUCCAAGAAGGACAAUUUCAACAACAACAGCAAGAUCAACAAUUCCAUCAACAACAACAACCACAAGAACAACAAUUCCAACAACAACAACCACAACAAUAUGAUCAACAAAGUCAACAAGACGAAUCUUCCGUUGUUGUCGAUUCAAAUACAACUGGAGCCCAGGAAGCAGUAAAUCAACCACAAUCUAAAUUAGCUACAGAUCCAACAAUAGCUGUGGCUCAGCCACAGGGUAUGGCGUUCGCCGGAAUCGGUGGCCGAGCCGGCGCUGGACCUAUAGGCACAGCGAUUGUAGGAAAAAAUGCAACGGCGAUUAGCGAGCCCAGCGCCACUGCUAUAUCACUGGACCUAACGCCAACGAUUAACCUAACGCCCGUCCACAAGUUGACAUCCGCCUAUGUGGCGAAAUAUGCACCUGAACUGGGAGUUUACAAAGUAGCUGAAAUCAAAACAUCGGAGCCCUAACGCAAAAAUGAUAAAUAUUUUUAUUUUAUAUUUUUAGUAUUAAUGUGUAAGGCGAAUUUGUGAUAGUAAUUUUAUACGGAUAUUAUACAGAGUUAUAAUGUUAUAGUACACACACUAAACUGAUGUUACUCACUCUCAAGAUGUGCUUAAUAAAAUGUAAAAUCUUGCCAUGUAAAAUAUAUAAUACGGUCAUAA